AUGAAGGGUGGAGGCGUGAAGAUCCUGUUUGAGAAGGAGCUCGGUGUGGCAGAUUUCCACCUGCCCAACAAAAGCUGCAUCCUCUACGUGUCUGAGUGCGACAUCAUUGCAGGGAACAGCUACAAGAGGAAACUGGUUCGCUACAGAAACAGCAGCAGUAGUUUCCAGGAGCUGGUGCUGGUGGAGAACACCAGACUCAGUGAGCAGUACUUCUCCGCUGUGCAGAGGUUUGUGGUGUUUGACCUCGGCCUGACUCUGCUGCCGGUCAGCGGACAGACUGAAGCCUCACAGCUCAUCACUCAGAUUGUUCACGGUGGGGGGGGCAGGGAGAACCCCUUCAGGAGGAGGACUUCGUCUCAGCUGUUGGACCCGCUGAUCCUGGCUCUGGUCCAGCAGGUCCCCGGGGUCGGCAGGGUCAAAGCUCUGGCCCUGCUGCAGCACUUCUCCAGCAUCCAGAAGCUCUGCAACGCCGCCCCCGCCCAGCUGGAGCCCAUCGUGGGUCACGCUGCAGCUCAACAAAUCCACAACUUCUUCCACAAAGCCACUGCUGCUGGAACCUGAAGGUCCGACUCUGGGUCUGCACUCAACCAGGAAAGUUUGGAUUGAAUCAUAAUGCAGAAACGCUUCAGCUCACAUGGACACUAACUCUUUAUUUGAAAGACUGCAAUGGCAGAAAAUCCAACAUUGCUGUGUUUAAACUGUAACAAACAAUAUUUGUUUACUUGUUUGUUUGACUGUUGAGGACCAACAGUGCCGUCCACAGAGCCCCGCUGGUAACAGGGCUGAAAAUACUUGGAAACUGAUUUAGGUUUGGUGAUUGGGCCGCUGAGUUCUCUGCCCUGUGUGGUUUUCUGUUUGUAUUUUAGUUUGCACUUUUGCUUCCACAAUAAAUAAAUAUUUGUAGCAUCA